AUGCUCCAGGUCUCGUCGUCGCCGUCAAAGGCCGCCCAGAUCUGCUCGGCCGCGAAAACAGAAAAGGUGGGGCGGAGCCCGAAGAAGUCCGCCUCAUCUGAUCCGAGGAGUCCUCAGAAGAGCUUCAAAAACUCGAACCAACUACCACUGGUCCAUCAGCCAAUGUCUUUAUGUGAUGCGUCGAUCCCGAAAAUUGAUGAUGUCCCUGAGAUUGCCGAGAUACAUUGC